CUUUUUGCUCAGAAUGCAAAAUUAAUUUUAACCCAUUAAAUCAUGGCACAAUUACAAGAACAACUUGAAAAUAUUCCCGGGUUUGGAAUAGCACAAGAUUAUUUUAAUGAUUAUGCUGGAGAACAUUUUAAUAAGAAUCCAUUUGAAGAUGAAAAUGGUAAGAAAGUUCGAUUGCCUGCUGAUUUAGCCACCAAGAGGGAACAAAAUUCAUGGAAAAGGAUUCAAAAACAAGCAUGGAUGCAUGAUAGGUGUUUUCUAGGAUCUUGUGGAGUUGGCUUGGAUUGUGGGUUAGGACUUGCACCAAUAGUUAGUUUGAUUCCUGUGUUUGGUCCACUAUUGAUGUAUGUGAUACAUGCUAGACUUAUACAUAUAGCAACUGAAGAAUUGAAUCUUCCUAGUAAACUUGUGAUACAAAUGGAGGGCCAAAUAGGCUUUGAUCUUUUAAUCACUUUUCCUCCGUUGAUAGGUUGUUUUACAAGUUGGCUUAAUGGUUGUCUGACCAGAAAUGCAGCAUCUAUCUUUAGUUUUAUGGAUAAAACUGUAAACUCUAGAUCGAAUGGACUAGUUCCAACCUACAUAGGAAAUGGUCGCACAACAUUUUCUGAGCCUCAACCAGUUGCAAAACCUGUUUAUAAAAAGAAAAAUCAAAAUAAUGACAUGACUGGACCACAAGAACAUGGUUUUAUAUAGAGAAAUAAUGCAUAAGAAUAGUCUUUAUUUGAAAGUCUGUUAUCAA